AUGGUCCCCAAUUAUAACCGGACUCAAUUUAGAAGUCAUUUUAGAAUUAGUUAUGAGGCAUAUGAAGGCCUUUUAGUAAUUUUAGGCCCACGUCUGCAGCGAGUAGGAAACAAGGGGCGAAACAUAAUACCAGUUGAAAAACAGUUACUAUCAGUGUUGUGGUUAUUAGCUACCCCAGAUUCGUACAGGUCAGUUGGUGAAAGGUUUGACAUGGGAAAGUCUUCUCUAUCAGUUUCUUUCAUGAGGGUGGUAAAAACCUUAAAUGUAUUAGGCAGGCAACUUAUCUCGUGGCCCAGGGGAGAGAGAGUAGAAAGUGUAAAGAGGAGAUUUUUUGAAAUGGCUCAUAUACCAAAUGUCAUUGGAGCUGUAGACGAUUCCCAAAAUGGCUUUGAGUUAUCAUUUGCAAUAAACUGACAGCAUUCCAACUACCGUAUUGGCAGCAUGCAUUUUACAUAAUAUUUGUUUAGAGCAUGAUGAAGUACAAUAUGGGAACCAAUACAUUGCUGAAGGACAGAAUGCAAUUCAUGGUAAUGAAGAAGCGGCACGUCAUGAAAUUGCUGAAAGAAAUGGGAGAGUAUACAGAGAUCAACUUUGUCAAACUUUAUUUCAAGAGUUGCAAUAAAUACACAAAAUUUGUUCAUUGUUAGAAGGCACAACAAAUUUUAUUAAUAUUAGUUUUGU